GCUAGCAAAUUUCUUGACCCAAGUUCACUAUUUCAAGGAGAAGUAUAUGAAAGUUUAAAGCAAAUUCGACGUGUUAGACACUCAUUCAAUCUUUUUCGGGAGAAAUAUUUUGAGUAUCGUGACCAAAUUCCUCAAUUUUUCAAACCAGAUGUAGAAGUUAUGGAGUGGAAUUUUCAUCCGGAAUUAAUAUUUGACGAAACAGAUCAAUUUUUGUCAAGAUUACGCCUUCUUGAGGAAUUGUUCAUAUCUGCGGAUGACUACACAAAACUUGAGAAAGUAGAAAUUGGAGGACUAACUGGUAAAAUGUUGAGCACUAGAGUUAUAGACAUUGCUAAUGAAUUUAAUGAGGCAUUCGCGCCGUUUCAAAAUAUAACAUACGAUCCACUAGAACUAAGUGACAAUACUUUCAUAAAAGAUUUUGAAGCUUUUAAACAGAUAACAAAUGAUUUUGAUAGUAAGCUGGCUUCAGUCUUUGUCAACGCUUAUGAUGACUGUAAUAAUUUGGCGUCGCUUUUUAAG